AUGAUGGGGGAUAUGACUCAGGUAGGGUCUUUAAUGGCUGCCGUAAUGUUCGUUUGGGCAAUAUUCCGGCAACUGUUUCCUGAUGAAUUCCAAAGAGAUGUCAGGAAAUAUGUUAACAAAGUAGUUAGCUAUGUGUACCCUUAUGUCGAAAUCACUUUUCAUGAAUACCAACCAGACAGCUGGUUCGAGCGAAGUAAAGCCUUUGUUUCCAUUGAACGUUAUCUGAGCACCAACUCCUCCAACAGAGCCAAAAGGCUCAAAGCAAACGUGGUCAAAGACUGUGAAUCCGUCGUCCUGAGUAUGGACGACUACGAAGAGGUCACAGACGAGUUCAGAGGCAUCAAGAUCUGGUGGACGUCGAGUAAAAGCAUCCCAAAACAGCAGGCUCUCUUUUCCUAUCGAGGAAAGGCUAUUGCAGUGAAAACAAGGCAACGAAAGCUGUAUACUAACAACAAGAGUGAGAACUGGUCGGGUUACAGGAGGACUAUGUGGAGCCAUAUCAUAUUCGAGCACCCUUCCACAUUCGACACUCUUGCAAUGGACCCGAAAAAGAAGAAAGAGAUUUUAGAUGAUCUUAUGAUGUUCAGCAAGUCGAAAGACUACUACAAGAAGGUGGGCAAGUCAUGGAAACGAGGAUAUCUUCUUUAUGGUCCCCCAGGAACGGGAAAGUCUAGCAUGAUUGCUGCCAUGGCUAACCUUCUGGAAUACGACAUUUAUGAUCUUGAACUAACAUCCGUGAAGGAUAACACGGACUUGAGGAAGCUACUCAUUGACACAUCAAGUAAGUCUAUAAUUGUGAUUGAAGAUAUCGACUGUUCACUUGAUUUAACUGGUCAGCGAAAGGAGAAAAAAGAAGAGAGUAAAGAGGAGGAGAAGGAUCCAGUUAAGAAGGCCGAGGAGGAAAAGGGUAAGAAGAAUAAGGGAAGUGAAGUGACUUUAUCUGGGCUUUUGAACUUCAUUGAUGGGCUAUGGUCGGCUUGUGGGAGUGAGAGACUGAUCGUGUUCACAACAAACUUUGUUGAAAAGCUCGACCCUGCUCUGAUUAGGAGAGGGAGGAUGGAUAAGCAUAUCGAGCUUUCCUAUUGUUGUUUCGAAACAUUCAAGGUGCUUGCAAAGAACUAUUUGGAUCUUGAAUCACACGACUUGUUUUCAAUCAUCAGUCGACUCUUGGAGGAGACCAAGAUGACUCCAGCUGAUGUUGCGGAGAAUUUGAUGCCAAAGUCCUUUGAAGAGAAUGCUGAGAGUUGUUUGAACAAGUUGAUCCAAUCUCUGGAGAAUGCAAAAGAAGAAGCAAGGCUGAAAGCUGUGGAGGAUGCCAGGAUCAAAGCCGAGGAAGAAGCAGCUAAGAAGAUUGAAGAAAAUGGUGAGAAGGUACAAGAGAGUGAUGCAAAGCUAGGUGAUGAAGAAGGAAAGAAGACUGAUAAACAUACUGAUGUAAAAGAAAACGGUGUCAUCACUGCAUAG